GACAACGCUGUUUUGUAUGUGAUGUGUUGAUGUAGCCGAAUAAGAGAGGAAGUUAUAAAUGUUGCGCGUGUUGACGAAGCUGGAGGGAAAAGCUCCAGGUUAUUCCCAUUGUGCUACACUUGUAGUGUAUUUGACAUGUUGGUUCAGAAGCAGUAUAGUUUCACGAAAUAAGGCAUUGUUUGACAGCAAACGAUGCAGUCGCGUACUCAGGUCUGAUUAUUGGGACGUGCGAUUAGCGUAUAUGGGAUCACUGAGUCUUAUACGGUGUAUUGAAGUUGGUGCUAAAAUAAAACUACUAUGAGUGCAUACAGGUCAGAACAGACGUGAUGAACAAUUUACUGCUUUCCGGAGCUGUUUAAUUUCUUUAAUGUAGCUAGUAAUGGAGACGGAGUCUGUGAAGUCGGCUGUGAGCGAACAGAGUACCAGAUCCAGGAGAUCGCGAAGUCAUACUCACAGGAACAACCACAGACUACAUAAUAAUCAUAGCUUAAGGAGCAGCCGAAGUAACAGGAAAGCAGAGGAUUCUAUGGCACCCUUCCAGACGUCUGUCACUCUUAGAGAUGAAAAUCGGGGUGGUCAGGAGGUGAUUGAAGUCCAGAUUCUUCCGCAGGAUGACAACUGGGGCGAAAACACUACUGCCUUGACAGGCAACACUUCUGAGCAGUCAGAUGCAGAGGAAAUGGCUGUGAGCCAGUGGAAUGGAGAACCUGACACAGGCUUUAGUUUCAUGUGUCAUCGGUAUCUGGGAUCUGCCCUUACUGGAUUUGUGUGUGUUGCAGCUUUCCUCAGUCCCCCUGCAAUGGUGGUAUUACCACGACUGCCAGGGCUGUUACCGAUGCCACUUCUGCCUAGUCACCAGCAGUCAACACUGGCAUGUGGCACUGAAUGCAAGGGUUUGCUUCUAGCUCUUGCUUUCAAGUUAGUGAUACUGGCUGUCGGUGCAUGGGCACUCUUCCUCAGGCGACCACCCAGAGCUACUAUGCCUAGAAUAUUCCUGCUGCGGGCAGCAGUCAAUGGACUAGUGUUAAUUUGCACGUUUGCUUACUGGCUGUUUUAUGUUGUGCAGGUCACAGAGGGUGGACUGACAGGUGGAGAGGCAGUAGAAUACAGAGGUCUUGUAUCUUAUGCUGGAAGUUUGACGGACACACUGUUGUUCAUUCACUAUUUGGCUGUCGUAUUAGUAGAACUUCGACACUUGCAGCCUAUGUAUUACAUUAAGAUUGUACGAAGCCCUGAUGGUGAGAGCCGUUCCUAUGCUAUUGGACAGCUAAGCAUUCAGCGUGCAGCUGUUUGGGUGUUAGAACAUUACUACACUGAUUUUCCUAUAUAUAAUCCAUAUCUGGAACGGUUACCAGUUUCAAAGUCGCACAAAAGUGGCUCAAGUUUUAAAUUCUAUGAUGUAGAUGGAAUCAACAACACUUCAGUGCAGAGUCAAUCUCGGGCAGUGCUGGCAGCACAUGCUAGGAGAAGAGACUCUAGCCACAAUGAACGUUUCUAUGAGGAACAUGACUAUGAGCGGAGGGUGAAAAAACGAAGAGCACGGCUGAUAACAGCAGCCGAAGAAGCAUUUACACACAUCAAGAGGCUGCACAAUGAUCAGGGAGAUGCGUUAAAUAGGCAUGUUCUGGCAAAUACAGUUCCAGCAAUUCCAAUGGAUCCACAUGAAGCAGCCCAGGCUGUUUUUCCAUCAAUGGCACGGGCAUUACAGAAAUACUUGCGCAUCACCCGGCAACAACCACGGCAUUCAGUUGAAUCUAUUUUAGCUCACUUAGCAAAGUGUUUAAGUCAUGAUUUCACACCCAGGGCAUUCCUUGAACCUUAUUUGGUGCCUUCUCCAGUUCUGCAGAACGAAAAAGAACAAAAGUCAGUUCAGACAUGGGCUUUGAUUUGUGACGAGUUGCUGUCACGAUCCAUUACUGAUGGCACGUGCUUCCAGCUGCGUCAGAAUGAUGUUUCUCUUCUCUGUAAUGUGAAAACAUUACCACAUUUCAAUAUAACUGAAGAAGUUGUGGACCCAAAAUCGAAUAAAUUUGUGCUUCGUCUAAAUUCAGAAACAUCAGUGUAAUAUAAGGAUUGACAGUAUUACUUUUUUUACUUUUGUAUGUAUUACUUCAUAUUAAAAUAAAUGUUGCCUUUACUCUUUGCUAUUCAGACUUUUUAUAUAAAAUUUUUUUGUAAUGUAAUAUAUAAACAUACUGUGCUUCAUGUAUAGUGCAUCGCUUAACAACAGCCAGCUUAUACCAUAAACCUGAAAACUUUUGGACUGCUGUUGUCAUUUUAAAGGGUUCCUCAUGACUGAAAUAAUUGACACAUUAUUUGUGGAUAAAUGACAGCAUGUAACCUAUAUGUUUAGUAAUUACGGUGUUUAUGAUUUGUACAUUUUGAGAAAAACAAGGAUGAAAGAUUUUUCUUUGUUGACAAACGUGAUUCUAAAGUAAACUUUAUCCAAUUCAUAUAGCACAUAUUGGGUUUUGAUACUGAAAACCAGUAAGACAUUGUACUGCUCAGAAUAAGUUUUGUGAGCCUGUUCAGUCUGCGUUAUGUGAGUAAUGUAAAGCAUAUUUUAAGCAAAACUGAUUUAAAAGUUUCUUGCAUUUUAUUCUUAAAUUGCAGUGCACAUUCACAUAGAAUGUGUAUUUGUACUGAUUAGCAUUAGUUAGUAGUUUUGAUUUAUUAAACUGAUGGUCUGUUUUGCGCAGGUGUUAUUGGAGUACUAUGCAGAACAGUGUUUUGCAGAACUAUAGGCACAAAGUUAGUUUUAGUGCAGUUCCAACAAACUUCAAGUGAAAGUGUGCCGCCUAGGGCUUUCACCUAUUUUCUGUUUUUGUUAUUACUUGAAAUAGGUGUUUAAUGUGCAAUUUCUGGCAAAUGUUGGAAAUGCAGAAUAAUAAAAGCACAAAACAAAAUUAACAAAUAAUAUUUGUUUACAUGCUUCCUAUAUGAACUGUACACUCUUAUCGCCUCACUUCAGAAUGCUGUAACUAGUACUCAGUUUUGAAUUUUGAAUUAAUUUAGGUGUGCAGCACUCAAAGACUGCAGCAAACUGAACAGCUUUAACAAAAUUUAAAUAUUUUUUUGUAAUUAUAUGUUGUGGAAAUAUAUAUAAUGUAUAAAGUUUAGCUAGUGAUAACAUUGUUCUCGGAGUGAUGUGCUUGUGAGUGUGACUUUUGUAGAACAUUUGAGAAGUGUAGUGAUUUUGGAGAACUGAGUGAUAGAUAUAAAAAUUUCAUUUAUUUUAAGUGUAGUGAACAGUCGAUUGAUACAGAAACAUCAAUUUUUGUGAUACAUUUCAUUCCUCAAAAUAUUUAUGACAAAGUUUUGUAUUAUAAAAGGAUACACUGGAGUGCCUCUGAUUCCUCAGGAGUUUUAGCAACAUUGAAUCACUCAUAUGGAAGAAAAGAAUUAAAAUAUAUUAUCUGUAUAUUCAUUAAAGCACCACUAUGCAGAGUGAGAA